AUGAUAGGGCGCUCAGCAAGGGCAAUAGCCUCUUCGUCCGCCUCGGCGCUUCGCAUUGUCGCCCGUGGGUCUCAGAUACGCUAUGGACACGCAGCGCGAGCUCCCUCGGAAAACGAGGAAGCCGCCGACCCAGCGCAGGAGCCGCAAGCUGGACCGUCCCGCCUUCAGGGAGGCACGAGGGGGAGAGUCUCCGCCAAGGGCAAAGAGAAGGCAACGGACGACUAUCGCCUAGCGAUGAUUCUCCACCCAGAUUCGAGCCACCCCUCCUCCUCCCCCGAACAUUUUGCGAUGCUACACCGCGCUUACAGCCUCCUCUCCUCCUCACAGUCCCGCUCGUCCUACCUUCAAUCCGGCUUCGGAUGGUCCCCUACCGGCCAGGCCGUCAGAGACUCGUGGUCAGAUGCGCAGAUGCGCUCCGAAGUACAUGCGCGCAGAAGGGGCGGGGCGGCAGCGUGGGAAACGGGGUCGAGGGGGUACAGAAGUGCAGAAGCGGGCUGGGCACAGCAGGAGGAGCAGUGGCAGUAUGGGGAUGAGUUUAGAGCACCGCCAAAGGGGACUGGGGAGGUGAUUUACAUGUCGAACAAGCGGUUCAUUUCGAUAUUUGCGGGUGUGAGCGUCCUGAUUGCUUGGAUACAGUAUCAUCGGAUAGGAAUAGCAUCAGAGACUCAUCGCGAGUUAUUACAAGCGCAACAUCAAAGCGCCUCUUCAGCAUUGGCGGAAGCACGCAGAGACGCAGCACGAUAUGGCAAAGAACGGCGAGAACGCAUACGACGCAGAGUGCGGGAGAUUGAGGUCGUGAAUGAGGUGGAGAAGUUGGAGGCUGGACGAGCCGAGGGCGCACCGGCAGAUACAUUAUACGAUCAAGAUUAA